AUGCCUGAACAGUCCAAAAAGAGAAAUACUUCAUCAAACGUUCCGGAGCACGUCUUCAUUGACCAAGGUCCGGAGUCGUUUCGAGGAGACAAAUCCAAGUUGGUUUCUAGCCAGGCACGGCGGUUUCAAAGCGCAGGAAAGCGACAGCGGCAGAGAGUCUCGGCGCGGCAAGAUGCCGGGUAUGCACGAAGCUUAGUGGGCUGGAGGUCAACGUCGUCCACGCCCCCAGUCGAAAAUCAAGGAGAGGAAUCCCGACCAAAAGGCGGGACACCUGACAAACAAUUGACAGGGCCAGGGGAAUCGAGCGAGACUGGGAUGAACCUUGCGUUCCAGACAGGACUACGGACAGAUCCCUUCAGCGCCUUUCCAGGCUCGAAUACAAAGGAAGUCAUGUUCAUGGUUGACUAUCACAUCCACGUAUGGGCCCCUCAUAAAGCUGGCAAUUUUGACAAACUGAUGGGUUACAAUACUCAACUCGACUUAUGCUGGCCGCUUGCGCUUCAAGAUGCCAUGCUGUUUGACGCCACGGUCGCCGUUAGCCAAACGGCAUGGGCACUUGCUCAGGGCAACAAUCCAUCGGAUGACCAGCUGAUGCUAUAUCACCGUGGCCUAGCAAUGACGAGGUUGCGACGAAGAGUAUCUCUCGGUGACAAUGGACCCAACGAAGCCGUCAUCUUCACGAUUGGCCGCAUGAUUAGCAUUGCAUACAUGUCGAGCGAGCCGGAGGCGUUUGUUGCCCAUUUCGAAGCAUUCCAAAACAUCGCACAGCGUUAUAUCGACGACAACCCAAACAGUGCCGUUACCCGAGUGGUCCAUAAUCGGUUAGAGAGUUGGAAAGCCUUACAUGGCUACCGGAAUCGAAAGAUCCUCCUUCGGGAUCGUCACAGUUAUCCAUCAGAACCACCGAGGAGUGAGUCUCAGUCGAGGCGAAGUACUCCGCCAAAGCGCCAUAUGCGAGCGCAAUCCCCAACAUUGCUCUCUGGACUAGAUCUUUCAGUUGAACUCGCGGCGUCACUGAAAUCAAUGACACGAUUGUUAGACCAGAUACAGCCAUUUCAAAGCCUUAGCGGGCAGAGUAAACGAGCCUUGGAUCUUAUCGAACGGUGCCGUCAAUUCAGCCAGGAUCUUCAAUGGUGCAGCAAUCUCAGUCCAACGGAGCUGCAGCUGUGCUGUGCGCUCGUUGUCUUUUGUAUACAGCUCUACCAUCACCAUAUCGGCGAAGGUCUUGGGGCAGCAGGAGAGCAGAACCAUCCAUACGAGCGAUUUGAAUUCUUGCCGGCCCUAACAGACAUCGCCAGCACAUUCAUCAACAAGCAGCUCGAAGAUUUCUCUGAGUCCACAGAGCAACGAAUGUGCCUGACAUGGUCUGCCAUGGUACUCGGAAGUUUCCUCCUGCAACAGCCGGACAACCGACUUCGCACCAAAGGCCAUAUCAUACACGUCAACCUCGGCCUGAACCUCGGCUUAGGCUACGGCGAUGUCUUAUUGACUGACGAUGAUAAUGGCUGGACCGGUAUCGAAUCCUCGCUCAACGGACCCUCAAAAAUGGGCAGCCUCUGGCACCCAGACCUCGCACUGCAAUGGCGCCAAGACUGGGAAGGGUCUGUCAGGAGGCAGAGACAAUGGGAACAUCGGGGGGUCUGGAUGCUGGGGGCCCCGAAGCGAUUACUCGGCGGAAAGAGCGAGAGGAGUCCUGGUGGCAAAGGCACACAGGCGGCGACGACAACGACGACAAUGACGACGAAGGCAUCGCAUACGCCUUUUCCUCUGCUAUCGCUGGAUCAGCAUGGUGAGGUCGAUGUUAUUGAGUAUCUCGUAUUGAGGGAGGCAAGGGACUCGCUGCCCAGGAUCGAAUAG